AUGAAAAACGGAGAGAAAACCUCUGCGUUUCCUCUGAAUAGUUAUGAAGUGCAUCCAAGAACAAUACCUAGUCGUGUAUUCAUGUUAAUCUAUGUAUGUGGAAUCAUAGCUCUACUUUAUCAUCAUCUAACUAGUCUCAGAAUCCAUUCAGUAGAUUUAUUACCAUCAAUCCUUCUGUCAAUUGCUGAUUUAGUUCUAUCCUUCAUGUGGGUUGCAUGUCAAGCUUUUCGAUGGUGUCCAGUUCGUAGGAAAGUUUAUCCAGAGAAUCUGUCAAAAGUCGUAGAUGAAGAUGAUCUCCCAACUUUGGAUGUCUUUAUUUGUACUGCUGAUCCAUAUCAAGAACCUCCUAUGGAAGUCGUGAACACUGCAUUAUCUGUCUUAGCAUUUGAUUACCCUUCAAAUAAGAUAUCUGUUUAUGUUUCUGAUGAUGGAGGAUCUCAAAUGACUCUUUUUGCGUUGCUUCAAGGAGCAAAGUUCGCCAGAGAAUGGUUACCAUUUUGUAGAAAGCAUAAUCUCAAUAAGAGAUGUCCUAAAGUGGCUUUCAACCAGCAUGGUUCUGAUGCUGAUCAACUUAGAUCGUGUAUCCCUCAAGAGGAGUUUCUACGUAUGAAGAUUCCAACAAAUUUUAGUGGUACUCCCCUUUCUGUAGUUAUGAGCCUGAAAAUGGUUUCAUACGAGGAAAUGAGAACAAAGGUUAAGCAUGUUAUGAAACAAGGAUGUGUAGAUGAUGAUAUGCUCGUUAAUGAAGAAGAGCGUCAAGUUUUCAAUAAAUGGAAAGCAAAUGGAUUUACUCGUCAAGAUCAUCCUACAAUCAUUCAGUUUUUCAUUAGGUGCUCAUAG